CGCACAUAGUUCCAUCCUUCCACUCUUCUAAAUAUUCCGGUGUCCUAUAUCUAUCAUCAUCUAAAUUCAUCUUCUCCAUAACAGUCCCCACCCCCCUCCCAUUUACACACAAAGCUUCACUUCAUAGUCUCUAUCCUGGUAGCAGAAACCCCAAUAAUGGACUUUGAUACGCUACACCCCAUCUCAGGAAAUAGAGACCUUUCUCAGCAGUUCCCGCCCUUCCAUUUUAGCCUCAUAAACCCAACCCCACUUCAAGAUUCCUCGGACCCAGACCAGGUAAAUAGUGAGUCUCCCAUCGCGCAUGACUCACUUGACCGAAUCGUGCUCGUGAACCCUGUGACCCAAGGCAUGGUCGUCAUAGAACCUGGUGGCAGCUCAUCUUCAUCUAACUUGGAUUCUCUUCUGCAAGACCUACUUAGCAAAGGAGGCCAGCUACCAGCUUCAAAAUCCUCCAUUGAAUCAUUGCCAGGAGUGGAGAUUGGUGGUGAUGAAAAGAACAGUGAGUGUGUAGUGUGCUUGGAAGAGUGGGGUUUGGCUGGAUUUGCUAAAGAAAUGCCUUGUAAGCAUAGGUUCCACCAGAAGUGUAUUGAGAAGUGGCUGGGGAUUCAUGGGUCUUGCCCUGUUUGUAGGUACAAAUUGCCCACUGAAAAUGGUGAUGAUCUGAACAAGAAGGUUUCUAACGGGCAGAGGAGAGAGAUUUGGCUGAGCUUUUCAUUUGGGAGCAAUGGUAAUAGAGGAAAUGCGGAGACAACUGAACAGCCUAUUGCUUCCACAUCAGCUUCACUUGAUGAUGAAAUGGAGUCAUAAUAAGAAUUUUUGUCGUUGUGAUUGACUCUGAUGUUCUAUGUAAUCUGCAAGCACCAAAGUCCUCAGUUUUGCUGUGUCAUUUUAAUAUAUAAAAGAUGAGAAUGGAGGAGAGUAAAACUCACUCUCAGCACCUCCAAGCUGAGAUACUGCAUCAACAAAUCUAUGGUGAAGUUCUGGAGUCCAUUUCAGCCGUGGCUUCGUAUCACCACUGCCUACCAGCCAGGGGUUCUUAUUCUUAUUAUUUGCGAUCUCAAGGAUCAUUUUCGCCGAGAUAUAUAUCCAGAGAGAGGAGAGGGAGGGAGAGAGCGAGAGAGAAUUGGGUUGAUCCUUAAAAUGUGGAAGCAGUAGGUGUUUAUAUAGAUUUAAGGAUUAAGCACAAAUGUGGGCACAUAGGUUCCACUUCAUCCGGGAGAUUGUGGAUGUUAGAGAUAUCAUGCUGGACAUGAUGCCAUCGGAGUUUAAUCCUGCUAAUAUGGGGACCAAAUGUCUGUUGAAAAGUUAUUGUCUUGUAAACGAACAUUAACUAUGGAUUGUGGAUAGGGUUGUUUGUUUUGCAGAUUGCCCUGAAAACCAAGAAUUCUCUGGGCGAUCACCGUGUCCCUUGGAUCUUCUAGAUCCGAAGAUCCAAGGUUGCUUCAUUUGUUUUAGUUCUUUGUGACCUAAAGAGUGCUUUACGCAUCUCCAAUUCUUGCCUACUUUACGAUAUUUUAGGCAACCCAAUGAUGAUGAGUUCCCCCAUGCCACUGUUGUCUACUAACCUAAAGCUGUCAAACGGACCAACCCAAUCCAACCCGACUCAACCUGUAACUGGUAUACUUUAUGUGGGUUGGGUCGAACCCACUCGUUUAGUGAUGGUCAGAAUUUCUACAACCCGACCCAAUCCACCUAACCCGUG